CAAACCCCAUUAAACCCUAAUUUUCUCUAUCUCUGCUUUUCUACAACCGUUGCCCUUUUGCAUCCUUGGCCCUCUGCAACUGCAGCCACCUUCUUCAACCUCUCUCUACCGUUUUCCAUCAAUGGACCCAAAAGAAGUCAAGUCCGACUUGGUUUUGAUUCUGGACUUUGGCUCGCAAUACACCCAUCUUAUCACUCGCCGGAUUCGGAGCCUCUCUGUUUUUUCUCUUUGUAUUUCGGGGACUUCUCCGCUCAAGGCCAUCACUGAUCUCAAUCCACAAGUCGUUAUUCUCUCUGGUGGACCUCACUCUGUCCAUGCUAGCGACUCGCCGAGUUUCGCUGCUGGGUUCGUCGAGUGGGCGGAGGCGAACGGGGUUUUUGUUUUGGGUAUUUGUUAUGGGCUUCAGUUGAUUGUGCAGAGGUUGGGAGGUGUGGUGAAGGUUGGGGAGAAGCAGGAGUAUGGGAGAAUGGAGAUUGUGGUGGAGAAGGCUAAAGGGUUGUUUGGGACUAAGAAGGUUGGGGACAGGCAAGCUGUUUGGAUGAGCCAUGGUGAUGAGGUGGCGAAACUUCCUGAGGGGUUUGAAGUGGUGGCGAGGAGUCAACAAGGGUCCGUCGCGGCUGUGGAAAAUCAUUCAAAGAAGUUCUUUGGGUUACAGUAUCAUCCAGAGGUAAUGGGGUUCAUUUUUUUUUUCUUUUUACUUUGUACUCUGUAUUCUGUUUUGAUGAGCUAUUGGAACUUUACGUUCUUUCUUUGCGUGUUGUUUUGCAAUAAUAUUCCGUUUUCAGAUUUAAGAUUGACCACAUGUUUGUUUAAUUUCUGGAGAGUUCCACCUCGAUGCUGUUUGAGUUUUUCGAACUUUGGAUUUUGUAUGUGUGAUGCCUUGUUAAAAAACUAGUUCGAGAAGGCCAAA